AUGUGCGGAAUCUUGGCGCUCUUUGGAGUUCAGGAAGCAGGUCCGCUCAGAAAGCAGGUCGUUGAGGCCGCAAAGCUCCUGCGACACAGAGGACCUGACUGGAGUGGAGUCUACUGCGAGGGGUCCGCAAUCAUUGCCCACGAGCGACUGGCCAUUGUCGAUCCUGACAGUGGAGAUCAGCCCCUCUACAACGAGGCGAAAGACAUUGUUUUGGGCGUGAACGGCGAGAUCUACAAUUACGAAGACCUGCAAAAGGGUUUGGAGGCCCGCGCUCCCGGUAAGCAUCGGUUCCUCACCAAGAGCGACUGUGAGGUCCUGCUCCACCUGUAUGCCGAGGAUGGCAUCGACUUCAUGUCGAAGAACGAGGUGUGCGGUAUGUAUGCCUUUGCGAUCUGGGACAAGAAGAAGCACUCGUACGUUGUCGCGCGCGACCCUGUUGGAAUCAUACCCUUGUACAUUGGCUGGGGGGCCGAUGGGUCUGUGCAAGUCGCGAGCGAGCUCAAGGCCCUGCACAAGGCCCAAAUACAUGGAUGCUCAGACGGUUCGUGCCAGUGUGCGAUCGGAAACUUGUUGCGGUCAGAGGCUCUGCAAACAGCUUUCCACACCCUCAACCGAUAG